ACCGAUUUACGGCACCACACUCGUUGACCUGAUCUUCUGCUGGAAUCCCCGAGUUGCUGUUCGUUUUUGCAACGGGACUCGUUCUAACGACUGCUUUCCUACCCAUACACACUCAUUCAUUCUCUUCUUUCUAUUUCUUGCUGAGCCUUUUUUCCACGGGACCCUUUAAAUUUAUCCACACUCGUUCAGGUAUGACAGUUGUUCAGCCAUCUCCUUCCUUGCCUUGCCUUGCUUUGGCUUCUUGUACAUACCGAUACCUCGCUGCAUCUGAAAUGUCUUUGGCGCAUGCACAGGGCAAGUAUACGGAAGUAGCGAUCUGGUUCGGUUGAUCCGGCUGCUGGUUGUUGCAAUACCGGUAAUUGGUCUGCACAUGACAUAUUGCCUGCAUGAACUAUUUAAAAUUUCCUAUUUGCCAUCACCCUCGAUAUCCCGCUUCCUCGAACGUUUGGCAUUUAAAGCUGUGUUCUUCUCAUCAUUUUCCCGCUUUUUCUCUCUCUUUUCCGGCAAGCAAUGCUUGGUUUGUUUGUCAAACUCGAUUGAGACGAUAGCUAACGCAACGGAACAAACUAUUAGUGCGCUUUCAGGCACGACUUAGUUCAUCAUGGUCACCACGCAGACCGCCUUUGUCCUCUCGGCGCUUUUCGCCCAUGGAGUUUUUGCAAAUAUCCCUUUCCCCGUUCCUUAUAUCACUUGCACUCCUGAGAAUGCGUCGGAAAAGUGUUUGAAGGGACAGUACUGCAAUGGGGAGGAAAAUCUGUGGGUUUAUUCCAUUGUCUCCAACCCCGUGAUGAUUCUGGAAUUUACCAUUUUUAUAUAUAUCCUAUUUGGAGGGGGGCUGUGGACUGUCGUUUUGACAUUUGGGACUUAUCAUUAAUUUUCGUUAUUAUUGGUGACUAACUCUGGAAUAGUUGUAAAAUCCCUGCCCCUCAUGAACUCUUCCGCCGUAUCGCCCGUCCCAAUCCCAUCCCUGCUCCUGGCGAUUUCUCUCUUGAUGGGAAGUGCGGCCCUUCCAACGGCGGUUUGAUCUGCGAUCCGCACUCUCACAACUAUGUCGGAGGUUGUUGCUCGGUGGGUCUACCGAAUCAGUCCCCAAUACUUGAGGUAUUCGUGUUGACCGUGUUUGUGUAGCAAGCUGGAUGGUGCGGGAACACUCCAGCGCACUGCGGUACUGGAUGCGUUUCUGGAUGCACCGGUGCUGGCACUACUCCAACCACGCCUGCUCCGACUGGUGGUGCUGCCCGUCCUGAUGGCCGCUGCGGAACGGAGUUUGGUGGCGCUACUUGUGCUGGCUCGGCUUUUGGAACUUGUUGCAGUCAAUACGGGUAAUUUGACCUAUUAAAGGUUUCCAUUCUUUUGGCCUUUUACUGACCUCCACGUAGGUGGUGCGGCAGCGGGGAUUCAUACUGUCUUCCCGCCAACGGAUGCCAGAGUGGGUGCACUGGCACCACUCCUGUUACUGCCCCGACAACUAGCAGCACUGGCGAGCCGGUUUUGGGAGCGCCUACUUCCACCGGUGUCAACCCCAAUCCCACUGGCAUUGCUACCACUGAUGGUACUUGCGGUGCCACUAAUGGUCAGAAAACAUGUGUUGGCUGGGAAAAGGGGGAAUGUUGUUCAAUGUACGGGUUCUGUGGCAAUACUGAUGCCCACUGUGGUGACGGAUGUCAGUCGGGCCCCUGCAAGCCUGGCGGAUCUCCACCGGCACCUGGGCCAUCUACAAUCCCUACUACCGGCGGAGGCGAAUUCGCGAUUAUUGGUCAAUCAGGUGUUCCCGCCAUGCACGCUGGGCUUCUUCCUAACGGUCGUGUCGUCUUUUUGGACAAGGUCGAGAACUAUACUCAGUUGAAGCUUCCUAACGGUCAAUUCGCUUACUCCUCUGAAUACAAUCCUGACGACAACACUGUCGUUCCCUUGGCUUACAACGUCUGUAUACCUCCUCGCUGAGAUUGUAAUCAUAACUGACACUCUAACCCAGACCAAUGCUUUCUGCGCCGGGGGUAUCUUCCUUGCAAAUGGAGAUUUUGUUUCGCUUGGCGGCAAUGCGCCACUGGAUUUCAUUGAUCCUACUGUUGGCGAUGGCUUCAACGCCAUCCGUUACAUCUCCCGCUCCUCGAGUGAUGGAUCUCUUAACGGUCAAAGCUGGCGCGAGCCUGGAAACAAGCUGGCUAGCAAUAGGUGGUAUGCUUCGGCUCAGAUUCUUGCUGAUGGACGAAUCUUUGUUGCCUCUGGAAGUUUGAAUGGACUUGAUCCCACUGUCCCUGCCAAUAACAACCCUACGUGAGUCUCUCCACCUGUGCUGCCGCUUGAUUUAGAGAAACUGAUCCACCACAGAUAUGAAAUCUUGAGCCCCACUGGUAUCAGUAACGGAGUCAAUGUCCCGAUGGAUAUCUUGGUCGCUCACCAGCCUUACUACGUAAGUGAUGCUAGGUUUAGCGAUGUAUCAGUGUGCUAAUCUCCGGUAGAUGUAUCCUUUCAUGCAUCUUCUUAAGAACGGAGAGCUGUUUGUCUUCACCGCCAAGUCAUCUCAGAUCUUUAACAUUGGUGGCAACGCCAUCACCCGCCAAAUGCCCGACUUGCCAGGGGAUUUCCGCACAUACCCCAACACCGGUGGUAGCGUCAUGUUUCCUCUUACCAGCGCCAAUGGAUGGAACGCCAAGGUGAUGAUCUGUGGUGGCGGCCCUUAUCAAGAUGUUACCGCCCCUACUGAUCCUAGCUGCGGUGUUAUUGCUCCCGAGGAUGCCAACCCGACUUGGGAGAUGGAUGCUAUGCCCCAAGGACGUGGUAUGGUCGAGGGUGUCUUGCUUCCUGACGGAUCUGUUCUCUGGCUCAAUGGUGCCAACCGUGGUGCUCAGGGAUUCGAGCUUGCCACCGACCCAACACUUGCCGCCCUUCUUUACGAACCUGCCAAGGCAGUGGGAACACGCUGGACACAGCUUGCCUCGUCCACUAUUCCUAGGCUGUAUCACUCGGUUGCUCUCUUGUUGCUUGAUGGUACCGUUCUCGUUACCGGCAGCAACCCGCAUGAAAUGCCAAUCUUGGAACCAAGGCCUGGAGUCCCAUUCAUUACCGGUGCGUAUCACGAGCCCACAGAUUCCGGUUUGCGCUAACUUUCCCAGAUUUCCGUGUCGAGAGGUUCAUACCUCCCUAUCUUCAGGGCGCUAAGGCUACUCAACGUCCAUCCGCAAUGGUCCUAUCGUCCAAGAAUCUUCCUGCUAACGGCUCUACGUUCACCAUCUCGUUCAAUGCUGCCACCACUACCCAGGGCAUUAAGGUCGCCCUCUACUAUGGUGGCUUCGUUACCCAUUCCGUUCACAUGGGUCUUCGCAUGCUCUUCCUCGACAACACCGGCUUCGUCGCCGGUACUGCUGCUCAAACUAUUACCGUCACCAUGCCCCCUAACAAGAAUGUGGCACCCCCUGGGCCUUAUGUUGUCUAUGUUGUUGCAGAUGGAACUCCAUCCGUCGGCCAAUUUGUGACUGUUGUCUAGAUUUUAGGGGUAGACUUGAAUGGUUCUAUUAGUAAUAAUUUAGUUUUUUCUCCAUCAA